AUGAUUUAAAACAGAGUAUAAUAGAAAUGUUUAGAACAUUCUGAAGAUAUUGUGGCGAUUGAUGAAAGCGAGAAAGAUCUUUAAAAAAGAACAAUAUGUGCAACAUGUUUGACAAAUCUUUUGGCCAAAGGACAGAAAAAAUAAGUGAAAAAUAUAAAAGAUUCUAUUAAUCAGAUUAAUGAAUUUAAAUAAUUACUAAAAGAAAAUAGAUUAAAUUAUUUAGAGACUAUUCUAGAAAAUAUCAAUUAAUUUAAUGAUAGUGUUGAAUAAUUGAAAAAUUUUUAUAUCUAAUAAAUUGAAUAGAUAAUGUCUACUAUUAAAAAAUGGGGAGAAUCAAUCUAAAAUUUAGAAGAAGCUUUCAUUAAUAAAGUAUAAUAAUAAGAAUCAAUCGAUUAUUAAUUGUUUGUAGAGUUCGUUAAGUAAGAGGAAAAUGCUUCAAUUUAAAAAUAGGUUGAUUUUAAAGUUAAGAUCAAAAAUUUAUUACUAUCUCUGACCGAAACAGACUUAAUUAAAAAAAACUAAUUAUUACUUGAUAAUCAAUCUACACAACCAGUUUUAUUUGAGAAUAAGGAAUAUGGAGAGAAUAAAAAUAUAGAAAAAGUAUUAUUAUAAUAAAUUUAGGAACUUAAUAUUAUAUGUGAAGAUCAUAAUCAAAAAAUUAUUUUAUUUGAUCUUAGUAAAGAAAGAACAAGUUAUAAACGUAUUGGAUGUUUGGGAUGCUUAGAUGGUACCAAAAAUUAAUAUACUUCAAUUUAGAUAGCUCAUGAAAUUUGGUAAACAGUUCAAUAACAAAGAUUAUAAAAAAUGACUGAAAAUCAUGAUUAGAUUUAAAAUAAAGUAAACAAUCUUAAGUCUUAUUUAAAAAAAAUGUAAAAAGGAUUAGAUUCUGCAAUUGAGAACGCAACAAAUAAAAUAAAUGUCGUUUUUGAAGAUUAUUCUACUAAAGUCAAUAACUCAACCAACAAUUUUAAGAAUACAUCUUGGUAAAAUUUUUCUAAAGAGGAAAUCAUUGAAAUAGCUUAAGAUUUAAGCUAAAUUAGUACAUAAAAUGGUUUGUAAGAUCCAUUAUUAAACGAAUAUACUAAGUAAGAUAACUUAAUAAAUUAAUCUGUUUCAGAUGCUUUAUAAUUUUUUUAAGAAUGUUAUGGAAGUUAAUUAAAUAAAAUAAAGGGGUUAAUUGAUAAUUUAUAAAUUGUAAAUAGUAUUUAAAUUGAAUUGAAAGAAAGCACUAAAGAAUUAGAAUGUUAAAACACUAUAUUAACUAUUGAUUAAUAAUAAAAACAGCAAAAGAUCUAAGAGUUUAAAUAAACAAAUUAAUCUUAAUAAAAUUAAUAAUAUUUGAAUUCUAACUCUUAUAGUAUAGUACUAAAUAGUUCUAUAAAAUAAAAUGAAUAUUGUUAUGCAUUAGCUAUUAAUUAAGAUAAUUCUAUUUUAGUAGCUGGUUGUGAUAUGAAGAUCAAAGUAUUUGAAUUUUAAUAAGAAUAGUUGAAAUAAAUUCAACUUCUCAGUGAACACUUAAAUUUAGUUUUGACUUUGAAUUUUAUGUAGAAAUCGAAUUAAUUUAUAUCAGGAAGUUCAGAUAACUUAAUAAUAAUAUGGUUUAGGAAUGAAGAUAAUUAUUGGAUUUGCAAAUAAAAAUUAAAUGGCCAUUCAAGUUAUAUUUAUUGUUUAAUCUUAAACAAUGAUGAAAAUCUUAUUAUAUCUGGUAGUAAAGAUUCUGAAAUAAAAUUUUGGAUCAAGCAAAAUGAAUGGAAAUGUUGUUAAACAAUUACAGACCAUGAAAAUACUGUUUGUGGAUUAAGUUUGAAUGAUCAAUAGAAUAAAGUGAUCUCUUGUGGAUCUGAUAAAGUAAUAUUAAUAAUAGAACAGCCUGCAUUAAAUGAAAAAUGGAAUGUUAUAUAAAGAAUAACUGUUGAUGAUUUUGGAUAUCGAAUUUGCUUUAUUAAUGACAAUUUAUUCACAUUUUAACCAUAUUUAAAGGAGUUUAUGCAUAUUUAUGAAUUGAAUACAAUUAGUUAAUAGUUUUCAAAGACAAGAGAUUUAGCAGUCAGAUGUAAUUUUUAAGGAUGCAAUUAUUUAUAUCCUAAUUAAUACAUAAAGUCUAAAUGUUUGCUUACUAAUAAAAAUGGAUAGAAUCUUAAUUUGAUUAGGAUAUAGAAAAAUUAAGAUUUUAUAAUUGAAUAAGCUAUUGAAUUUGAAACAAAUUGUUUUUAUGGAUAUAUGAGUAAUGAUGGAAAAUAUCUGAUUACAUGGGAUAAUAAACAAUGUGAAUUUUAAAUUAGAAAAUAUUAAGAAAAAUGA